CCACUCGCAAUUACCUGGUCCGCCAGAACUGAUGUGAGCGCGAGUUAGAGAGCACAUGCCACGUUGGGAGAAGAGCCAGAAAUCAGAACUGAACUGCCUUUACAGCACCAGCAACAGGGGCUCGCGAGGACCAUUCUAAUUUAAUCCACCUUCAACAACAACAACAACAACAACAACAACCAAAAAAAGCCUCAACCAAGUGGUUUUAACAAACCUUUGAAACAAGCAGCCGACUAAAGGAUCUGAGAGACCCGCAAGGAUGCACUUGUUGUCCGCCAGCAGCGUGCGUGCCCUCCUCAUCACCGCGCUCCUCCGCCAAGUCAGCGGUUUGGACACUUUUAUUGGCCUGUAUGGGGAAACACUCGAGAUCCCGUGCAACAAUGGAGCCAUGAAAGCAGAGGACAUCCUGAUCACUAAAUGGAAAUAUGACAAAGGAGAGGGACUUUCUGGGGACCUUCUGGUCAAGCGGAAAGACCAGAAUGUCUUAAUCACCGCCACUGAUGAGUACAAGGACCGUGUGAGCAUGGCUGCAAACUCCAGUCUGCUUCUUACUGAAGCCAGGCUGACUGACCAGCGCACUUUCACCUGCAUGGUGGUGGCUGGCGCAGACAUCACAGAAUACCCAGUUAACGUUGUGAUCUACAAGGCGCCGGCAGGCCUGGAGAUUUCUGAAAACGUGCAGGAACUAGAGAUUGGCAAACUUACUAAGCUUGGAAAAUGUGUUGCAAAAGACGCCAAUCCAGCUGCAAAUAUCACAUGGCUGAAGAACAACACACCGCUGGUGGCGGAUGGGAAAGGGAUUUCCAUCAAAGCCUCAGUGCUGGUGGACCCUGACACUGGCCUUUCAUCCACUAGUUCAAUACUGGAGUACUCGGCCAAGAAGGAAGACACGGACGCUGAGUUCACCUGCAGCACUCAGCACACUGUGGGCGCCGAGCUGGUGUCCUCUCCAGUCACCCUGACUAUCACCUACUCCACAGAGAACAUCGUCCUUAAGGUCAUUGCUCAGGAACCUCUGAUAGAAGGAGACAAUGUGACUCUGAAGUGUGUGGCAGAUGGUAACCCAGCUCCUACCGCCUUUAACUUCCACCUUAAGGAAGAGUUGGUGAAAGUGGAAAACGCAGAUACUUACACCAUCACGAAUGUCUCACGUGACACCACUGGUGAAUACAAAUGCUCUCUUGUUGAUAACCCAACAAUUGAAGAUUCUGAGGACAUCACAGUCAACUACCUAGACAUCAAUUUAAGCCCCUCUGGAAAUAUCGUUAAGAGUGCCGGUGAGUCCAUGGAUCUAACUCUCCAGAUUUAUUCCUCCGGAGUCUACAAGGUGUCCUGGACAAAGGACAAUGUUAAACUGGACAAAGAGCCCAAGUUUACCAAGCUGACUUACGCUCACUCUGGCGUCUAUGAAUGUGAGGUGACGAAUGGGGCCCUCAGCCUAAAAGCUUCCUUUGAGCUGGCUGUCCAAGGUACUCCAGUUAUCAAGCAGCUGUCCAAACGGCGCAGUGAAGACGGCAAACAUAAAAUCCUGAUUUGUGAGGUUGAAGGUUCUCCAAAGCCAGCUGUUUCCUGGAGCAUCAACGGCACCUCGCAUGAUGAGAGUCCCUUCCUCAACGGGAAGAUAAUACACAAGAUCACAGUUAUGCCUGCUGCAAAUCUGACUGUCUCUUGUACGGCGUCCAAUGAGUUUGGCACGGAUAGCAAAACUAUGAAUGUGUCAUCUCUAAUUGAGGAGGUGAGAAUGGAUAAACAAGACCAAUCGGAUGAAAAUGACCAAACCAAGUUGGUGGUUGGAGUUGUAGUCGGUCUCCUCGUCGCCACUAUUGUUAUAGGCCUGGCAUACUGGGUCUACAUGAAGAAGUCCAAGCAAGGAAGCUGGAAGACUGGUGAAAAGGAGAACGGGUCUUCUGAGGAGGAGAAAAAACUGGAGGAGAAAGUGGAGGAGAACAGCCAAAAAGCUGAGGUGUAAAGAAACGGCAACCAUCCUUUGGGAAUGUGAAAGUGAGAACGUGGAACUUUUGCACAUUUCCCUUCACUUCUGUCUUUGGGGGAAAGAAAAUAUGAGUGUACAUUGGGAUGAAUACGGUUUGGAUUUGGUUUCAGGGAGAAUUUGACUAAAAAGCAUAUCCAAACAUGCCCCUCACCCCUCCAACCCUCACCCCUCCAUUGCUAAAAAAAAAAAGAAAAGAAUGGAUACUGUAUGUGAUAUACAUAACUUGUCUGCACUACUGAUACACGUGUAAACUUCUUUAUCUACUAUUAGGAUUCAUGUUUGGAAUUUGGGAAACUGAGAAAAUGCAGAUCUUUUUGGUUUUGUUAGUUGAUGCCAGUAUAAUUACUACUAGACCAGUUGCCUUUGCUGUAAGGAUGUGUAGGCCUGCAUUAGUCUGACUCUUUGGCCCUUGGAGACAUGGGGGACAUCACCGCCAUCGCUUCUUAGCUUCUUAGCUUCACGUCAUCACAGUCAAACAACCUCUGCCUACAACAUCAGUGUACAAAAUCUGUUUAUUUGUGCAUUCAUUAUAGUUUGUUAUAGAAUUUGUUGUUGAAAUAGAUGAAAUUCCUGAAAGGGCUAUGGGUAUAUUGUUAUACUCGGCAUAAGUUAUAGAUGGUAAUAUGAUUUACAUGUUGCAUUGCAGGAAGUAGGCCAUGUGCCACAGAGUUCU